AUGACCGGGGAUGAGACCGACUGUGGGGGUGAUCAAUGCUCGAGGGGCAGUGAGUUCAGGCGAGUGCAGAAUGUCCACACGGGCCUGGACCUGAGCGUGCCCCAGCACCAGGAGGUGCGGGGCAAGAUGAUGUCGGGCCAUGUGGAGUACCAGAUUCUGGUGGUGACCCGGCUGGCUGCAUUCAAGUCAGCCAAGCACAGGCCAGAGGACGUUGUCCAAUUCUUGGUCUCUAAAAAGUAUAGCGAGAUUGAGGAGUUGUACCAGAAGCUGAGCCUUCGUUACUCCGUGGCCAGCCUCCCCCCGCUGCCCAGGAAGGUCCUGUUUGUUGGGGAGGCUGACAUCCAGGAAAGGAGAGCCCUGUUUGAUGAGCUUCUGCGCUGGGUCUCCAAGGAUGCCGAGUUGGCAGGCAGCCCAGAGCUGCUAGAAUUCUUAGGCACCAGGUCCCCGGGGGCUGUGGACCUCUCCAGCAGGGAAGUCUCUGCCCUGGCUUCAGCCAGCCAGCCAGAGGACGACAGGGAGGCUCUCGAUUUCUUCGGGCAGCAGGAUGAAGUGCCAGGAGAGGAUCUGCCGAUCCUGGGCCUGAAAGGCAAGGAUUCUGGGAAGCCCUUGGCAGAGAAGGAAGACAACAAUGAGGAGGAGGAAGAGGCACUGGACCCUCUGGGAAUCAUGCGCUCCAAGAAGCCCAAGAAACACUUUGAAGUGGCCCCCAAGCCCAAGCCUGCACCCCGACUCACCAUCUUUGAUGAGGAAGUGGACCCAGAUGAGGGGCUCUUUGGCCCCAGCAAGAUGCUCUCCCCACAGAAUCCCACAAAGGGAGUGUCCCUCCGAGACCCCCUGAAGCUGUUUGAUGAUCCUGACCUUGGCGGGGCCGUACCCUUGGGUGACCCCUUGUUGCUGCCAGCUCCCCAUGAUAAUGGACGGUCCACAUCCAGGCUGGACCCCAGGGAUGCUGCCUCCAAGGAGCUCUUCAGAGUUGAAGAGGACUUGGACCAGAUCCUGAACCUGGGCGCUGACCCCAAACCCAAGCCCCUACCCAAGCCCAAGCCCAAGCCUAAGCCACCAGUGGCAGCUAAACCCGCGUUACCCAGAAAACCAGCUGUCCCCCCCAAAGUGGGCCCAUCGGAAGCCGUGGCCGGGCAGUGGAAGCAGCAGCAGCAGCGGAUCCAAGCCAUGGAUGAGAUGGACAUCUUGCAAUACAUCCAGGACCAUAAUGCACCUGGCGAGGCCACGCCCAGCCUCUUCUGACCCUGUGUGCCCCCCUGCUGGGCCUCUGGCCAUACACGUCUCCUGUGCAGGGGGGGUAUGAGUGAGUUGGGACAAGGGGGAGGCUGAGCCCUAGGAUCCCUGUACCACCUGUUCCUUUGUCUCCUGGUCUGCAGGGUGUGGGGCGUGAAGGCCACUGGAGGAAGUGGCCGUCCAGGAAGGGGAGUAGUCUGAACCAUGGAGUGAGAGUGUGGGGUCUCAGGGAUGCCUGCCCAAGGGCACUGACCCCUCUGCACAAGCCUCACUGUGGGCAACCCCAGAAUGGGGAGGCGGGGAGGCCUGAGCCAGGAGCGUGAGCUUCUUCUGUGCCGGGUCACUCCACUGUGUUUAGGUGGCCGGAGGAGGCUGUGGAUGGGACUCCCAGGAUGGGAACCCUGAAUGGGUACCUGGAAGAGCCCACCUAGGUGGCUGGAAGCUUCUGCUGGGUGAUCUCUGCUUGCAGCUCUGGGCCUGCUGCUCUCCCAUGAAGCAAGCUCAGAGAAGUCAGGUCCAGCCCCGCUCCUCUGGGUCUGGAUAGCCCGCUGGGCCAGCUCCGCAUGUGCCUCCCUUUUCCUUUCUCAGGAUGACCAGGCCAGAAUGUGGCCUCCUCGGGCCUUCGGGCAGAGCACUGGGAUCCACCAGUGCAUCCAGCCGUCACAGCCUCCAGAGCAUUGCCCCGCCUGAGCUUGGGGACCUUCCAGGCCCUGGCUGUGCCCCGCACAGUGGGCCAGACCUCUGCUACACGUGGCAGGUAGUACAGACCCUCCUCUGGAGUCUGCACCUGCUCACCAUCCUCUCACCAGUGGGCACCACCGGCCCUGGUAGAGUCAGUGCCUUAGACCCCCAGAACCCCUGCGAAAUCUGCCAUGCCUGAGUGGUGUUUAAUGGAAUGACUCAGACAAAGAAUGUUACUUUGUGAUGAAACCCUUCAUGUGUAGAGCUGGAUUGGAAACAAACCCCUGAGUUUGUCUUUUGGGGUUUGUUAUAAAACAGAACUGUUGUGCCAAGGCCCCGCCCUGCGUGACAAGCAGAGGCAUAGGAAGCGGCUUUGGUUAUAGGACCCCAGACCCUUUCCUGAUAGAAGCCAUGCACCAACCCCAACAGAGCCACUCGUUGUCCUGGGCCACUUGUUUGCCGCCAUCUGAGGACUUGGCCCCAGCCUUGUGAGUCCCAGCAGCGAAUGUCACCUGCCUGGCACCUUCCUGUGUGCCUCCCAGUGGGGGGUGAGAGGUGAUUCCAGAAGCUGAGGCAGAAUUCCUCUUACCCAGUCCACCACCAUGGGCCUUCAAACCUCCCCUCCCUCACCUGAGGACACACUCUUGCCCGGGGUCCGGCCCUUAGGACCUCCACUCAUGAUUGACUGCAGAAGACCCCUCAGCGAGGAAUGGGGGAUGCCCAACUGAACUCUUACUGGAAAGGCUACAAAGCUGUGCUGCCCAGCUCUCCCUCACCCGCCCGGAGAUGCCAGCUCCCUGCACACCCCGCCUUGGCCUUCCCCCACCCUCUGGCUCACUUUGAUCAAUUCUCUGGGAGAAGGCUCACGUGUCACAUAGGAACAGAAGGUGACCACGGGGUCCCUCUGGCUGGAGUCUCUGCAGAAGCUGGACUUGCCACUCUGACGUGGAUUCACUGAGCGUAGCCCAGCCUCGCCCUCGGUGGCCGAGAGCUGCCGGACACCUCAGUAAGCUCUGUCCUUCCCAGAUGAGAAGGCUAUAGGUGCGGUUUGUCUCUCACCACAGGUCUGUCUCCUCCUGGCCAAUCAGUGGCAUCCGGGCAUCCAAUAAAGGCCAUCUCAGUGAUGCA